AUGUUUUCUCUUGUAAAUCAAAAUGCUGAAAAGCAAGCAUUUGUGGAUAAGGCUAGGUCAGAACGUGAGAAACGGGAAUUGCAACGUGUCAAACAAAAACAAGAACAAGAACAUGCUCAAGCUGCCGAUAUGAUACAAACGGCAUUUAAAAAACACUGCCAAAGAAAGAAAGAUAUCAAACAUCUACGAGAACUAUGGGAUAUCGACGUCCUAUACACUAGUGACAAUGGGUCAAAUUCAACAUUUUCUAUAUCCUCAACUGAAGUUCUUGGUUUUUCAUACUUGAUGUUUGCUUUCUUCAAUCCGUCCGAUGAUGCAAAAGAUCUUUCAAGAUUUUCGCAUCUUUGCAAGAUGAUUUUAUCCACAACUACUCCUUCAACACCUGCAAAGUCUCAAACACAAGAGACUUCACAGUCUGUUGUACCAUUUCAUUCUCUACUGCUUAAUGAACGAUACAAAGUGUUGAUGUUGAAAAUCAUGAAAAAAAUACUUUGGCAAUGUGUCAUUUGCGUUACCGGUUCUUUGAAUGAAACUAGUGCUUUAAAUUCUUCUAAACCUUUGUAUCUUUCUGGCCCGGAAUUACGACUACUUAUAUACUUUCUUGAUCCUAAAAAUUAUAUUGUCAAAGGAACAAUUUCUUCUUAUUCUCCCAUGUGGAAUCAGCAACUUGUAAUGCUUUAUGAUUAUCUUAUUCAUCAAGGAUUUUACAAGCAAAUUGGUUAUGGAAUAAUGUUGCGUGUGAAUUCCAUUCUUUCUUUUCAAUUAAGGGCUGCAAAAGCUGAAUUAAUGGACUAUGAUAAGAAAUUACUAAAAUCAACUCAAUUAUGGCUAAUGGCAUGUCUUCGAUGCUGCUUAUUUCCUUUGGAUUUAAAUAAUAAAGCUGACAUGACAUUACACUCAUUCAAAAUGUCUCAAAGCAAUUUACAAGAUCAAAUGUUCAAAACUUAUAAUAUUUUAUCGCGAGUAAUUCACACUAUGUGUAUUCCUGAUAUUGCUGUCAAAAUAUUGCAAAUUAUUACAGGUAAUGACACUAUAUUUCUUGCAGGAAAUAUGGUAGAACUCAUGUCAAGAAUAGAUAUACUUUCUCUUCCAAAUAACAAAGUUGAAAUAACAUUUCAUAAUUUUAUCGAAUCAAUCAUUUUUCUGUUACAACAUUGUCAAAAGUUUGUUUCUACUAAACAAUCUAACACCCAUUACCAUUACCAUCCUGUUUUUACUUGGUAUUCUGGGACAACUGAUCCAAAUAUUUCGACAUCUCAUUUCAAUAGAUUAAUAACACAACUUGAAUAUCUAUGGCAGAAACCAUUUUUACUUCGAUCAUUUAAUCCCGUCUUGAAUUUUAAAUUCGACUCUCAACUUAAUAAUAAUCUCGACUCUUCCAAAAUAACAUCACAGAAAAAAACUUUAAUCGACAAAAAUUCAAGUUUAACUUCUAAUCAAAUAACACUUCUGGCCGUCGAAACUCAAGAUAUUUGUCGCCUUUAUCUUAUGCUUUCAAAAUUAUUUAUCAUGCAAAAACAUGACAUCAUGAUGAACUUGAUAUUCCUUCCGCGUCUUGUGCCUACCUUAUGGCAAUUUAUGAUGUGCUUAGGUCCUAAAGGACGAAUGAAGAUUUUUUUAUCCGAAACUGUAGUUAAAGAACCUGAAAAGGAACCAUUAAUCGGGAUUUUAGAGUUAUUCUGUGAAAUUUGUGGUAUAUUAUUAUUAACCAUUGAUGAUGAUGAAUUAUAUGAAAUGCAAACUCCUUUUUCAAUUGAGCGUGAUUUGAAACCUAUGGCCAUAUUCUUUAAUAAAUUUUGCUUUGCUCUUCUUAGUAAUUCACCACCAAAUGGUAAUCCUCCUACAAUAUUUGAAUCUGCACGAAGGGUGCUUCUCCAAUUGCAUUUGCGCGACACUAGGCGCGUAUUUACUGGCCCGGAUCAUACUUGGCUUCUUAUUAAAGAUCCCAAAAUAUCUUUACCAUUGUCUUUAGCAAACUUUCUCAAAAAAUCUUAUGCAGUAAAUCCCAAUAAUUCAAUGGGAACUUCAUUUUUAGAACGUAUUCGUAACAAUGACCCUAUUUCCGUAAAAAUUCUCAACCUAUUACCUCAUACUAUCCCUUUUGAAACCAGGCUCGAUAUUUUUCGUGAAUUCUUGCAAACUGAUGAUUCUUGCAUCAGUGAUUGGUCGGAUACUGUAAUAAAAAUUAGACGCGAUCAUGUGUUGGAGGAUGGAUAUAAACAAUUAGGAAAAUUAACUGCAACGAAGAUUAAAGGCCGGAUUCGAGUUAUGUUUGUAAAUGAAACUGGUAUGGAUGAAGUUGGUGUGGAUCAGGGAGGCCCGUUUAAGGAAUUUAUUACUCAACUUAUAGCCGAAGCUUUUGAUCCAAAAUGUGGCCUUUUUGCCGUUACUCCUGAUGGCACUCUUUAUCCCAAUCCUCAUAGUGCAUCUACAAAGUUACCAUUAUAUACAUUUUUGGGUCGAAUGAUUGCAAGAGCGAUGAAAGAGAAAAUCCUAUUAGACUAUCAAUUUGCAGAAUUCUUUUUAAGCAAAAUUUCCGGGCGAGCAGUGUUUUUGGAAGAUCUUAUUGGUUGGAAUAAUGAAUUAUGGAAAAACCUAAUAUUUUUGAAGAGAUAUGAAGGAAAUGUUGAAGAUUUAGGUUUAUAUUUCGUAAUAGAUGAAGAGAUUAAUGGGCAGAUUAAGUCAAAAGAACUUAAAUCAGGUGGUUCGCAUAUGGCUGUUACAAAUUACAACCGAAUUCAGUAUAUCUACCUUGUGGCAAAUUAUAAAUUGAAUACGCAAAUCAAGGAACAAACGGAAGCAUUUAUCAAUGGUUUCCAAUCAAUGAUAUCAAUAAAUCGACUUAGAAUGUUUUCACCACCAGAGCUGCAACGUGUGAUGUCUGGAGAAGACAUUAAUUGGGACGUAGCAGAUUUACGCAAAUAUACUAUAUAUCAAUCUGGAUAUUUUGAUCAGCAUAAAACUAUAAGAAAUCUUUGGUCGAUAUUAGAAGAGUUUGAUUCUAAAGACAAAAAUGCAUUUUUAAAAUUCGUCACAAGUUGUUCGAGGCCACCACUUGGCGGGUUUAAAUACUUGCAACCACAAUUUACUAUCCGCAUGGUAUCGAUGGAAUAUGAUGAUUCUGAAUCACGUCCUGUCCUUGCACCAGUUAAAGCAUUUUUUAGUUUUGGAAAUUCAAAAUCGGCAGCUAAAGGAAGAUUACCUACUAGUUCUACAUG